AAACAAAAAGUCAAAACCCCAGUUAGGGUUUUUGCUCUUCAUCUUGCUCGUGGUCUAACGACUUGCAAGCCUCUUCAUUUUUCUCCAUUUGCAGGAAAAAUCUACCGUCGAUAUGGAUGCAGAGUUCGCAGAUGAUAAAGAUGGGAAAUCAUCAAAGUCCAGGGGUCAAGCAAAAGAGCAUAAGGAGCAGCUGGAAAGACUUAGGCAAAAGGACCCAGAUUUCUAUGAAUUCUUGAAAGAGCAUGACAAGGAACUUCUACAGUUUGAAGAUGAGGAUAUUGAGGAGGAAAUUGAUGAUGAUUUGGAGGAGGAAGAAACCGAAGUAGAUGUUGUUGAUGAUGAACUAAAAGAUGGUGAUGAUGAUGAAACUAGUGACCUUGAGGUUGCAGAGAAGGAAGAAAAGCCAUCUAAACGCGUUAUAACAGCUACCAUGGUUGAUGAAUGGUGUAACUCGGUUCGUAAGGAUGGAAAGAUCUCUGCUAUUCGUACUCUUAUGAAAGCUUUUCACACGGCAUGCCAUUAUGGUGAUGACAGUGGAGAUGACCCUUCAUCAAAAUUUAGUAUCAUGUCUAGCAGCGUUUUUAAUAAAGUAAUGUUGUUUGUACUGAGUGAAAUGGAUGGAAUACUUCGAAAAAUGUUGAAGCUUCCUUCUUCUGGUGGGAAAAAAGAGAUCAUACUAGAAUUGAGGAGCACUAAACAAUGGACGAACUACAACCAUAUAGUGAAGUCAUAUCUUGGAAACGCCUUACAUGUUCUGAACCAAAUGACAGACACACAAAUGAUAGCAUUCACUCUGCGGCGUCUUAAAUAUUCUUCGGUAUUUUUGGCUGCUUUCCCAAGUCUCUUAAGGAAGUACAUCAAGAUUGCACUUCAUUUUUGGGGUACAGGGGGAGGUGCCCUUCCUGUUGUCUCCUUUCUAUUUUUAAGAGAUCUAUGUAUUCGACUCGGGUCUGAUUGCAUAGAUGAAUGCUUUAAAGGGAUAUACAAAGCAUACGUUUUGAAUUGCCAGUUUGUAAAUGCUGCGAAGUUGCAACAUAUCCAAUUUCUUCAGAACUGUAUUAUUGAACUUUUUGGGGUGGACCUCCCAACUGCAUAUCAACAUGCCUUCAUUUUCAUUCGGCAAUUGGCUAUGGUAUUGCGGGAGGCAUUGAAUACAAGAACCAAGGAAGCCUUCCGUAAGGUUUAUGAGUGGAAGUUCAUGAGUUGCCUUGAGCUCUGGACUGGAUGUAUUUGUACCUAUGGCAAAGAAUCUGACUUAAAGCCUCUCGCAUACCCACUAUCUCAAAUCAUUGCCGGGGUAGCACGUCUAGUUCCAACUGCCAGAUAUUUCCCUCUUAGAUUGAGAUGUGCUAGAAUGCUCAAUCAAAUAGCUUCUGCAACUGAUACUUUUAUACCCGUUUCCAUGCUUCUAUUGGACAUGCUCGAAAUGAAAGAACUGAACAGGCCCCCAACUGGAGGCAUUGGCAAAGCAGUUGACUUGCGUACAAUACUCAAGGUUAGCAAGCCAAUUGUGAAGACCCGAGCAUUUCAGGAGGCAUGUGUCUUUUCUGUUAUUGAUGAGCUUUCCGAACACCUAGCUCAAUGGAGCUAUUCUGUGUCUUUCUUUGAGCUGUCUUUUAUUCCAGCUGUACGGUUACGUAACUUCACCAAGUCCACCAAGGUUGAUAGGUUUCGAAAGGCAAUGCGACAGCUUAUCCGUCAGAUUGAGGCUAACUCUGUAUUUACAAAUGAGAAACGCAUGUCAAUUUCUUAUAUGCCAAAUAGUCCUGCAGUGACAUCUUUCCUCGAGGAUGAGAAGAAGGCAGGGGCGAGCCCUCUGUCACAAUUUGUUUUAAUUUUACGCCAAAGAGCACAACAAAGAAACAAUUCCUUGAUGGAAUCCAGUGUUGUUGUUGGUGAAAACUCAUCCUUCUUUGGGAAUAAGAACAAGACGACAGACAGCGAUGACGACGAAGAAGACCAUACCCGAAAUGAGGAAGGCACAGUUGUGUUUAGUUCCUCCUGGUUACCAGGAACUGAUUCUAAGGAUGAAAAACCUAAGGAAUCGAAAAAGAAGAGAAAAAAGAAGAGAAAGACAGAGCAACUGGAUGAUGAUCAGUUGGCUGUGGAUGAAGAUGUUGUCCAGGACUUGGUCCUGAGUUCUGAUGAAGACGAUUCAUCGAUUGACGGCCAUGGCCGGUCUAAUGAGGAAGAUGAAGAUGGGAAACCACCAUUGCCUCCAAAACAACAAACCAAGAAGCAUAAACAAUCCACACAUGCAUCAAAGAACAAAAAAUUUCAUGCAAACAAAUCAAGGAAGAGAAAGAGGCCAAGUUCUAAUAAAGGAGAUUAAAAAGAUCAUUUAAACAAUGAGUUCUUUCUUUAUGCAAUUUUGAGGUAGCGACCCACCACUAAUGACGCAAGAAUUCAUCGUUUAGAUGGGGAACGAGGAAGGACCGGGACAAUUUUUCAUCCUGUAAUGUUAAACGGGGUGAGGGUGAGGAUAACACUUCCCACCUUAAGGGGCUUGGUUUAAAUUUUUUAUUUAUUUUUUCACACUUUCUUUUAUGUAUUUUAUAUUUUUAUUGAUAUGUUAUCGUAAUAUAGUUUUUAAAAA